AUGCUAGGCUUGGGACGACCUCAAUUGAAAGCGCGGCCAUCGUUGUUGGAUCUGAUAACCACAAAGCAUACGUUGACACAGCCAUCACCGCCCGCCGAGCUGCCACCGCUUCCAGACUCGCCCUCCUCAACUACCUUCACCCACUCUGUGUCCCCCCAUUCCACACAGGCUUCUUUCAUUAUGACUUCGGACGAUUCUGAGAACAAUGGCUCGAUCUUUUCGGUCUCCGGCCCUGUCGUCGUGGCCGAAAACAUGAUCGGUUGUGCCAUGUACGAGUUGUGUCGUGUCGGUCAUGACAACCUUGUCGGUGAGGUCAUUCGCAUUGAGCAAGACAAGGCCACGAUUCAGGUCUACGAGGAAACAGCCGGUUUGACUGUCGGAGACCCGGUAACGAGGACAGGAAAGCCACUUUCAGUCGAGCUUGGGCCCGGUCUGAUGGAGACGAUCUACGACGGUAUUCAGCGACCCCUCAAAGCCAUCGCCGACCAAUCGAAGAGUAUCUACAUUCCCCGUGGUAUUUCGGUGAAUGCCUUGGACCGCGAGCGAAAGUGGGAAUACAAGCCUACUAACUUCAAGGUCGGCGAUCACAUCACUGGUGGUGACAUCUGGGGUUCUGUGUUCGAGAACAGUCUGGUGAACGACCACAAGAUCCUGCUGCCUCCCCGCGCACGGGGCUACACCGUCGAGGAGAAGCUCCUCGAGGUGGAGUUCGAUGGUAAGAAGUCCGAGUUUGGUAUGAUGCAGACCUGGCCCGUCCGUGUUCCCCGCCCAGUUAGCGACAGGCUGGCCGCCGAUGCGCCCUUCAUCGUCGGCCAGAGAGUGUUGGAUGCUCUCUUCCCUAGUGUUCAGGGUGGUACUGUCUGUAUUCCUGGUGCUUUCGGAUGUGGAAAGACUGUUAUUUCCCAGAGUGUGUCCAAGUUCUCUAACAGUGAUAUCAUUGUCUACGUUGGCUGCGGUGAGCGUGGUAACGAGAUGGCCGAAGUCUUGAUGGAUUUCCCCGAACUCUCUAUUACUGUCGAUGGCCGCAAGGAGCCUAUCAUGAAGCGUACCUGUCUGAUCGCCAACACCUCCAACAUGCCUGUCGCCGCCCGUGAGGCCUCUAUUUAUACCGGUAUCACUAUCGCCGAAUACUUCCGUGAUCAGGGCAAGAACGUGGCUAUGAUGGCAGACUCCAGUUCCCGUUGGGCUGAGGCUCUGCGUGAGAUCUCGGGUCGUCUGGGUGAGAUGCCUGCUGAUCAGGGUUUCCCCGCGUAUUUGGGAGCCAAGCUGGCCUCCUUCUACGAGCGUGCUGGCAAGAGCAGUGCCCUGGGUAGCCCCGAGCGUGUGGGCAGUGUCAGCAUUGUCGGUGCCGUCAGCCCGCCCGGUGGUGAUUUCUCCGAUCCCGUCACUAGCAGUACCCUGGGUAUUGUCCAGGUGUUCUGGGGUCUCGAUAAGAAGCUGGCGCAGCGCAAGCACUUCCCUUCAGUCAACACUUCCAUCUCCUACAGCAAGUACAACGCAGUUUUGGAUAAGUACUACGAGAAGGACCACCCCGAAUUCCCUCGUCUACGCGACCAGAUUCGUGAGCUUUUGGCCAAGUCUGAGGAACUGGACCAGGUCGUUCAACUGGUCGGUAAGGCGGCGCUGGGUGACUCGGAUAAGAUCACGCUGGACGUGGCCAGCUUGCUCAAGGAUGACUUCCUCCAACAGAACGGAUACAGUGACUACGAUCAAUUCUGCCCCUUGUGGAAGACAGAGUACAUGAUGAAGGCGUUUAUGGGCUACCACAACGAGGCUCAAAAGGCCGUUGCUCAGGGUCAGAACUGGAACAAGGUCCGUGAGGCUACUGCUGAUCUCCAGAGUGCUCUGCGAAACAUGAAGUUCGAGAUUCCGGAAGAUGAGGCAGAGAUCUCGGCCAAGUACGAGAAGAUCCUCCAGUCUAUGACUGAGCGAUUUGCCUCAGUUUCGGAUGAGUGA